AUGCCUUUUGACUUAUUGGAGAACCGUCGAAGGCUGGAUUUGGUAGAUACAGAAUGGGAGGAACCUGCCCGAAAGAGAUUGCGCGCCAACCCCAGUAAAGAGGAGGACCACGACGAACCAUCGUCUCAUUCUCAGCACGUCCCCGAUGCCUCUAAGGACAAGAGUAUUACGAUUGCGUCCACCGCCAAACAUGCGCACCAAACCGUCGCUCCGUUCCUGGCAAAACACAUACCCUCACAAUAUGCACCCUUGGGCAAGGCUGUCCCCCCCCCGGGCACACGGGAUACAAUACGGGAUCCCAACUCGAAAUUCUGCUACCGACAUCGACCGGACAUGCUGUGUCGACGACAGGCUGAUGAACCGUCCAUGGACAAACUUCAGAGAGGCUUGGAUGCCCUUUCUCAAGAAGACAGACAAGGCAUCGUCCAAGUCUGGUCUCUAUUCUCGGCGGCUCCCUCCAAGCAUCGAAACCUGAUGCUCCAAGGGAUCCUCGCUCAAUGUUGCUUCCCCCAGCUGUCCUUCCUCUCUGCCAAUGUUCGAGAACUUAUUCGCAUUGACUUCCUCUCGGCGUUACCGACAGAAGUCUCCUUUCGGAUCCUCUGCUUCUUGGACACCGUCUCCCUCUGCAAAGCCGCCCAAGUCUCUCGAAGAUGGAGGCAGUUAGCAGAUGAUGAUGUCGUAUGGCAUCGGAUGUGCGAACAGCAUAUCGAUCGAAAGUGCACAAAAUGUGGGUGGGGCCUCCCUCUGCUUGAAAGAAAGAUGUUACGGGCUUCCAAAAGACAAAUCGAACUGCGUGCGGCCGGCAAUAUGUCCAUCGAUGCCCCUCCCUCCGCCGCAUCACAGUCUUCUGACCGCGGGGGGGCAUCUCCUUCUAUUGCGUCAGAUCACGAAAGUCAUUACGACCACGCAGAUAUCGGAAGAUCAUCCGAUGGUCGAUUAUCUCCAGUAGCCGCCAGAAGACCUCCCCUCGUUGCCAACGACUGCGAAUCCAGUCGGAGGCCCCGACCCUGGAAAGACAUCUAUAAGGAUCGAUUCAAGGUUGGCACCAACUGGAAACACGGACGGUGCAGUAUCAAAAUUUUGAAGGGACAUUCAAAUGGUGUCAUGGCUCUCCAGUUCUGUGACAACAUCCUAGCAACUGGGUCUUACGAUGCCACUAUCAAGAUUUGGGAUCUCGAUACUGGUCAAGACUUGAGGACACUGAGAGGCCAUGCAAUGGGCAUUCGCUGCCUCCAGUUUGAUGACAACAAAUUGAUCAGUGGAAGUCUCGACAAGACCCUGAAAGUAUGGAAUUGGAGAACGGGAGAAUGCAUAUCGACAUACAACGGCCACACCGAGGGUGUGAUUGCCCUCCACUUCGACUCUAACAUUCUUGUGUCGGGCUCCAUCGACCAUACGGCCCGCGUUUGGAAUUUCGAGGAUCGUUCAGUGUUCACUCUUCGGGGACACACUGACUGGGUCAACUCGGUUAAAAUCGACACCGCCUCCCGGACCAUAUUCACCGCAUCCGACGAUUGUACCGUCAAGCUCUGGGAUCUUGAUACCAAGAAAUGUAUCCACACCUUCGAAGGUCAUGUCGGUCAAGUCCAACAGGUCCUUCCACUGCCGGAUGAAGUCGAAGUUGAAGAACAAGAGGAAGAUGACCCGGAAUCCGACCCGGGGACCCCGGACAGCCAUUUGACGGUCCACUCCGAGAAUGGAGUUUUUCAAACACUGCCUCAUAGAGACUAUGGUGGCCUAUUCUGUUCUCACCCCGGUCGGCCCCAACCACCGAAAUACAUGCUCACUUCGGCACUCGACUCCACCAUUCGCCUCUGGGACGUCCAUUCCGGCAAGUGUGUGAGGAAGUUCUUCGGCCAUGUUGAAGGUGUGUGGGCCGUUGCGGCCGAUACCCUUCGCAUUGUCUCUGGUGCAGAAGACAGAAUGGUCAAAGUCUGGGAUCCCAGGACCGGCAAGUGUGAGCGCACCUUCACUGGCCACGCCGGUCCGGUCACCUGUAUUGGGCUGAGUGAUAGUCGCAUGUGCAGUGGUGGCGAGGAUGGUGAGGUCAGGGUUUACAAUUUUACCGCGUGA